CAGCUGUUGAAAUAGAUUUUUCCAAUUCAAUGCCAGCUUUACUAUCCCAUGAAUAAGUCAGAGGUAAGAAAAACUAAGAUUGAUGACAAAACUGGAUCUUACAUAGAUCAAUCUGAUGGGAUGAACUCAAAAAAAUAUGCCGAAGAAAGGUCCCAAAGUGGUUGUGAUUGGAGCUGGGAUAGUUGGUGUGGGAGCUGCUGGAAAACUGCUAACGCAAGGAUUAACUGAUGUUCAGAUUAUUGAGGCCUCAAGUCAACCUGGAGGGCGGAUCAGAGGCAGUCUGUUUGGUAAAUCAAUCAUUGAUGAAGGAUCCCAGUAUAUUCAUGGGGCAAGCACAAAGAACCCUGUUUAUCAACUGGCCAAAGAACAUGACCUUUUACAGGAAACCCAUGAUAGAUCUGGCCCUGAAUUAUUAGUGCUUACAAAUGUAUUAUUCCCGAACCUGCUUCAGAAAUUGCUUGAGGCUAUUCCGAGAGAGAUACUGCUGCUGAAGAAACCCAUUAAUCAAAUCCAGUGGAAUGGAAGUUUUGAGUCAGGAGAUGUUUCAAUGUAUCCUGUCAGAGUGGUGUGUGAAGAUGGAGACCACAUUCUUGCUGAUCACAUAAUUGUUAGCAUUUCACUGGGUUGUCUAAAGGCUAAUGGACAGUCAUUUUUCCAGCCAAGGCUCCCUGAACAAAAACUGAGUGCUAUUCAAGGCUUGGGCUUUGGAACAAUGAAUAAGAUUUAUCUGGAAUCUGAGACCCUACUUUGGGUUGAAAAUACAGAUGUAAUUGGAUUGGUUUGGGAGGACGAGACCCCAUUUUCAGUUCAGAAACCCAAUCUGACUGAAUGGUGGAAACAUGUUCCUGUUUUUUACGUAGUCAGACCAACAGAAAGUGCUGCCAGUCUACCUUCGUUCCCCUUUAACAUUACUUCCAAUGCAGCAAACCUUUUAUCGAGUUUUUCAUCCAAAAGGUUCGAGAUAGCCUGCAAAAUGUUGCAGGUUUUAUUUGCUGGUGAAGCAGCACAUCAAAGCUACCACAGCACCACUCAUAGAGCCCUGCUGUCUGUUUGGAGGGAGGCAACUCGAUUAAUAGAUCAUUACUUCACAAAAUGA